UUAAAUUUGCAGUUUAGACGUAAAUAAUAUAGUAAAAAUAUAAAAAAAAUGGCUAAAGCUACUACAAUAAAAGAAGCUAUAAAGAAAUGGGAGGAUAAAACGGGUGACCAAGCGGCUACUGCCACAGAAGUCAGUUUAAUGUUUCAAUGGCCUCCGAUUGAAAAAAUGGACAAUACACUCGCUACUUUGACUAACUGCGAAAAACUAAGUUUAUCAACGAAUAUGAUUGAAAAAGUGACCGGAUUGAAUACUUUUAAAAAAUUACGAGUAUUAUCCUUGGGACGGAAUUAUAUUAAAUCGUUUACAGGAAUGGAGUCAUUGGGUGAUUGUUUAGAAGAAUUGUGGAUAUCGUAUAAUUUGAUUGAGAAACUGAAAGGGAUUCAUGUGUUGCGGAGUUUAAAAGUAUUGUAUAUGAGUAACAACUUGGUGAAAGAAUGGAGCGAGUUCAAUAAGUUACAGGAACUCCCACACCUAGAAGACCUAUUAUUUGUUGGGAAUCCCUUAUACGAUGGUUGUGAAUUAGACGCCUGGCGAUCAGAGGCUGCCCGUAGACUGCCAAACCUGAAGAAACUGGACGGCGAGACAGUUCUCAGAGAGGAUGAGCCGCCUUUAACGGUUGCUGAUAUGCAGCCUGACUGCGGAGAUGGUGUUGAAACCUUGGUCAGCGCAGAAACCAACGAUUGAAAAAGAGAAAGAGAAAAAAUAACAUUUGUUGUGCAAUAUUCUUGCUUCAAUUUUAGCAUUAGCACAUUAACUGCUAUGGGGAGCAAAAGUGACCGGCGCUAGCGGAAGAUUUGCCUUCAACAGAUUUUAGUUAGCAGUCAAAGUAUUAAGGUUAAAGCUUCUGAAAUAUAGUUAAUAAUCACGCCAAUAUUAUAAAUAUGAAAGUUUGUUUGUUUGAGCAUUUGUCCGUCAAUCACGCUGAAACUACUGAACGGAUUUUGAUGCAAUUUGGUAUACAGAUAGGGUUUGAGCUGACUUGGGUGGUGG